AUGAAGUUACAGGGGUCCCUGGCCUGCCUCCUGCUGGCCCUGUGCCUGGGCAACAAGGAGGCUGGCCUACUGGUGAGAGGUGGGGAGAGUGCUGGAGCGAACGCUGGGGAGAUUAUUGGACAUGGGAUGGGAGAUGCCAUUAGCCAUGGAGUUGGGGAGGCCAUUGGCUGAGGGGUUGGAGAGGUGGCCAGCUCUGGAGUCAGGGAGGCUAUGAGCCCUGGGAUGGGAGAUGCCACUGGCCACGAGGUCGGGGAGGCCAUCAACCUCAGGGUCAGGGAAGCAGCCUAUGCUCUUGAAAACAGUGGGAGUGAGGUUGGCAAACAGGCUGAGGAUAUCAUCUGACAUGGAAUAGAUGCUGCCCACGGCUACUGGCAGGUGUGCCCGGCAGCAGUACAGCCUCCAUCUGGAGCUCCUGGCAUCUCUGGCUCUCAGGGCAGCCAGGGACUCCCUGGGCCAUGGAUACCCCAGCAGCUCAGUGGCGGCUUUGGAAUCAACUCUCAGGGAGGCUCCUGGGGUCAAGGAGGCAAUGGAGGGUCAUUCAACUUUGGAACCUAUGGCCCGGGCUAGUGAUGACUCAGUGAGAGAGGCAGCAUCGGCAACCAGAAUGUUAAGUGCAUCAACCCCUCACCGUCUGUUGGGGGAAGUACUAGCUCACAGUGGAGCCGCAGUGGUGGCAACAGUGGCAGCAGCAACUCAGGGGAAGGCCUCAGCAACUCUGAAGUCAGGAAAGUAAGCCAAGAGGGCAGUUGCGUCUUUGGGAGCUCCCAAGGCAAUUAUCAGAAGUCUCAGAGGUCUCCUGGGCUCUUCAACUUUGACACUUCCUGGAAGAAUUUUAAAUCCAAGCUGGGUUUCAUUAUCUGGAAUGCCAUAAACAAGGAUCAGAGGAACUUUCACAUCCUGUGA